AUGGGACUAGCUGUGGGCAUUGAUCUGAUGAAGCUGGCCUUAUACAAAGCAGCUGUGGAGGAUACACCAGAAAAUUAUUAUAAGGUUCUAGGGCAGCAAAGCAUGGCGGUGGAAGACGAUGGCCUCCAGGUUAUGCCAAAUGGGAACACUGUGCUGCAUGUUGCAGCGCUUCACGGCCGCCAACAUUUUGUGGAAAACAUACUACAAGGGAAAGAUAACAAUCAUGCAGCAGUCUUGUCUUUGUUAUUUGCUCAGAAUAAGAAAAAUGAAAGUGCCUUACAUUGUGCAGCGGAGAAUGGCCAUGCCAACAUAGUCUCUAUCCUCAUCAGUGCCACCAAGGAGUACAUGGAUGUUGAAUCUGGUGUGGGACUGAGGGAGAUGGUACAGAUGACAGAUAAUGUGAUGGACAUGGCCUUGCACAAGGCCGUGCGAAUGGGGCAUUUGGAAGUGGUGGAGAAGUUAUUAGUUGAAGAAGAUGAUGAAUUUGUGUAUCCUCCCAAUAAUGCUGGGGAGACACCCAUUUACAUAGCAGCAAGGCUAGGAUUCCGUGACUGUUUGCAGCAACUCCUGAACUCAUGUAAAAAUCCUACUUACAAUGGACCAUUGGGUCGAAAUGCUCUCCAUGCAACUGCAUCAUUAGUAUCUUCACAAGGAUGCACGGAAUUAAUAUUGAAGAAGGAGAUCUCCUUGUGCGACAUGACUGAUGAUUCAGGUUGGACACCGCUACAUUAUGCUAUUAAAAAUCAGUAUAAUGAAGUUGCCCGUAUGAUUCUUGCGGAAAAAUAUUGUUCAGCUUAUCAUCACGCAGGCAAAGAUGAUAUGUGGACCACAGUAUUUCACAUAGCAGCAAGGUAUGGCAACGUUGAAAUGAUGGAAUACAUAUCAAAUAGCUGCUUCCCAGAUUGUUGGAUGGUGCUUAAUAGCAAAUCCCAAAAUAUCCUUCACGAAGCAAUACUGGGACAUAGAUUGAAUGUGAUAGAAUAUGUUUUGAAGUAUUCCCAAGCAGACAACCUUAUUGAGGGGAAAGACGAGAAUGGCAACACGCCGUUGGCCUUGCUUUCUAUUUGUAGCUGCAACCCUUUGAAACGUGUUGCUAUGCAGGGUGUUAUGUGGAAGCAUUUGGUCUUUAAUAAACAACACCAAACUCCAUUUGUCAUGGCCUCCCAAAACAGAAAGUGGGCAUUUUCUAAGUAUUUCUUCGGUUGGAAACUUCUAAGAAGGGGUGGUAAAAUUGGUUGUCAGAGUGGACUUACAGAAAAUAAGAUAGAAAGGAAAGAAUGUGUUGGUACAGAAAAAGAUAUUGAUUUUAUGGUAGAAACAGGUCGAACAAACAUAAUUGCGGCUUCAUUGAUAUUAACCACGACCUUUACCGCCGGUUUAACGGCCCCAGGAGGAUACAACAGCAGUACUGGAAAAACACAAGGGACGUCGAUAUUAUUACACUGUUUUUAUUUUCAGACGUUUGUUAUUUUUGAUUUUAUUGCUUUUAGUUGCUCUAUUAUGUCCAUAUUUCUUCAUAUUAUGAUGAUUGCAGAAGCCUCGUCUACGAAGAACUUCAAGUUUGUCAAAAAAUAUUUUGCAUUGAGCCAAUUUUUGGUCGUGUACGCUGCCCUGUUUGCUAUAGGUGCAUUCAUGUUUGGGAUGGCUGCCACCUUAGCACCUUUACAUUCUCUCACUACUGUUGUUCAGUACUUAGGCGUUUGUAGCGCUAUUGGCUUCGGGUAUGUCAUGUCACAAAUAUUUUUUGUUUCUUUUUAGAUAUAGAGUCUAUUAACACAAAACAAGUUAAUCAUAAAUUUUAUUAUGAAUUUGGUCUUGUUAUAAGCAUUAUUGUACAAGUAUUUGAA